AUCAGCAUCAUAAUGAAUCACAGCAGCUCUGAGGCGCGUGAAGCUGGAGCCACGAGACCAAACUGGAGUUAAGGAAAGACGUUUUAUCUGCUAAUAUAAAUCUUUUUUUCCCGCGCCAGGAGUAAAAGUGGACAGAGAGAUUAGGCUAACAAACACUUUAUCUCCGGGAUCCUUUUUAAGGAGCCAUGGAUUAUAUUACUCGACAAACUUUUGUAAAACUUGCCCUUUUCAUCUUCACAGUUUUGAGGAGCAGUUGUGCUCUGUUGGAAAAAGCUGCAGAAGACCCAGUGCAUCCAAAUCCUCUUCAAUCCAGUCCAGCAGAAGACAGCGAUGUUUCGUUCUGUGAUUUCGAGUCUCCGUGUUCUUGGACAUUAUCCAGUCACAGCACUGGAGGAGACUGGUUUAUCACUUCAGCACAGCAGCACAGAUCUAGCAGACGCGACACCCAGCCUAUCAGAGAUUACUCCACUGGAAAAUCUGAAGGACAUUUUCUGCUGCUGAAGCCCAGCUCCAGUCAUCUGUCUGCAGGCAGAUGUAGUUUCCACAUGACCAGUCCUGUAGUUCUCAGCAGUGGGCCAUUUUGUCAUCUCCAACUCGCUCGCUUUCAACCAGAGCCACACGCUGGAAACAUAUCAGCCUUCGUGAAGCACACCGACUCUACCGACAUCAAACCCAUUGACCUUACAAUCAAAGAACAAGAAAGCGACAGCUCGCAGUGGGAGGUCUUGGAGGCUGUGAUUGGUCAGUUGAAUGAGCCCUUCCAGGUGACAGUGCAGUACUCUGCCUGUAGCAGUCAUGAAGUUGGGUUUCUGGCAUUCGAUUCACUGGAGCUGAAGAACUGUGUCAUGGGUGAUGAUUAUGUGGAUUUGGGUUCCGACUGUGAGAAAUACUCAUCUCUUCAAUGUCAUUCUGGAGGCUGCAUUGAGAAACAAAGAGUGUGUGAUUUCCACACUGACUGCCCAGAAGGGGAGGACGAGGGCUUAAUAUGCAGCACUUUACCUUUGGGUUCAUACUGUUCAUUUGAGUUGGGCUCCUGUGGUUGGUUAGCGGCUGACACACAGUCUUCUUGGAGACUAGUUAGUGGACAACAGCUGAUUGAAGACACACACCUGCUGGGCACAACUCUGAAGAACACUCAAGGGCAUUUCCUUUUCUUAAAGGUCAGAGGUCACGGUGAUGAAAGAGAGGCGCUGGUUCAAAGCCCUGCAUUGCCUUCAACUAUAUCCAAUCAGGACUGUCAGUUGCAGUUUUCUCUCUACCGGUAUGGGGAUUUCAAUGGAACAGUGCUUUUGUCUGUGGUGGAGAGCGGAGCCUCAGCACCAGCACUGAUUUGGGAGAGAUCCGGACACUGGAAAGAUGCCUGGCAAGAGAUCACUCUGCCGAUCACAGAGAUUUUAAAUGGCUUCCAUCUUAAAGUGCAGGCUUUCUGGACUUCUGGCUCCAAGGCUGACAUUGCACUGGAUGACAUUUCAUUAAGUGCAGCAUGUUUUGACACAGAACUGAAUGAACUGCUUCAUGAAGGACUACCGCAUGAUUUAGACUUCAGUCCUCUUCCAGAACCAUCAGCAUCAGAGGCGUCUCCAAUUACAUGGUGGUUUACAUCCUGUGGAGCGAGUGGACCUUUCGGCCCGACUCAAGCCCAGUGUGACAGUGCCUACCGAAACACCAAUGUCAGCGUUGUGGUGGGGAAAGAGGGUCCUCUCAGGGGUGUACAGAUGUGGAAGGUCCCUGCUACCAACACGUACAAGAUUUCAGCCUAUGGAGCCGCAGGAGGCAAAGGAGCAAAGAACCAUAACAAGCGCUCACACGGUGUGUUCAUCUCAGCCACCUUCCCCCUGGAGAAAGGUGACAUCCUCUACAUCUUAAUUGGCCACCAAGGAGAAGAUGCCUGUCCAGGAAGGAACCCCCAAACCCAUAAAAUCUGUCUGGGCGAGUCGUCUGUGAUUGAAGAUGGUUUUGACAGCGACGGUUCAGCCUUGAAGUGGGCAGGGGGUGGUGGCGGUGGAGGGGGAGCCACAUAUAUAUAUCGGAUGGAGAACGGGCAACCACUUCCUUUGCUGAUUGCAGCUGGAGGGGGAGGAAAGGCCUACCUUGAGGAUCCAGAAAGCAGCCAGGACCAGAGUUUUCGGGAACAGUACGAGAAUGACACCACCGUUUCUGGUGUCAGUGGCAGAUCUGGAGCAGCAGGUGGAGGAGGUGGAUGGAGCGACGUGUCCUCUCUCUCAUGGGCAGGGAAAUCUCUUGUUGAAGGGGGUCAAGGAGGCUCAUCCUGUCCUGAGGCUCUGUCAGUGCUGGGAUGGGCUACAUUUGGAGGAUUCGGAGGAGGAGGAGGCGCGUGCUCCGCUGGAGGGGGCGGUGGAGGAUACAGAGGUGGUGAUGCACCUCUUCUUGACGACAUCUCAGCAGAUGGACAAGAUGGCCUCUCUUUUGUUCACCCCAUGGGAAAGAUAUUUCUGCAACCUCUGGCAGCCAUGGAGAGUCACGGCGAAGCUGAAAUCGUGGUCUAUCUGAACUGCAGCCACUGUAAAACCCAGAGCUGCAAACGCGAUGAAGACACCAAGCUCAUCCUGUGCCUCUGCGACAGCGACGAGGUUCUGGCACCAGACAACGUCACCUGCGCAGUGGUUCCAAUGGGCUCUCUGGCAGACGGGCCUCCAUCCCUGGUCUUCAUCAUGGCAGUGAUCGUGUCCACAGUGGUGACCGGUGUCGUUCUGACCUGUGCCAGCCUGACUCUCAUAUAUUAUCGUAAGAAGAACCACCUGCAUGCGGUCAGGAUUCGACUGCAGAGUCCAGAGUACAAGCUUAGCAAAAUUCGCUCGUCCACCAUCAUGACCGACUACAACCCCAACUAUGGUUAUUUUGGAAAGGCAGCCUCUCUGAGUGAACUGAAGGAAGUGCCGCGUAAAAACAUCACCCUCCUCAGGGCGUUGGGACACGGUGCCUUUGGGGAAGUGUAUGAAGGACAGGUUUUGGGUAUGAAUGGAGAAAACACAGCCAUGCAAGUCGCUAUAAAGACUCUUCCAGAAAUCUGCUCUGAGCAGGACGAGAUGGAUUUCCUAAUGGAGGCUCUGAUCAUGAGUAAGUUCAGCCAUCAGAACAUUGUCCGCUGCAUUGGCGUCAGUCUGCAGAUCCUGCCACGCUUCAUCCUGCUGGAGCUCAUGACAGGAGGAGACAUGAAGAGCUUCUUGAGACUCAAUCGACCCAGAACUAACCAUUCGUCUUCUCUAAGCAUGCUGGAGCUUCUUCAUAUGGCCAGAGACAUCGCUCUUGGCUGUCGCUACCUUGAAGAAAACCACUUCAUCCACAGGGACAUCGCCGCUCGCAACUGCCUUUUGACUUGUCCUGGUCCAGACAGAGUGGCUAAAAUUGGAGAUUUCGGGAUGGCCCGAGAUAUUUACAGGGCCAGUUACUAUAGGAAGGGUGGCCGUGCCAUGCUGCCAGUCAAAUGGAUGCCACCUGAAGCUUUCCUAGAGGGCAUUUUUACAUGCAAGACUGACACCUGGUCAUUCGGGGUACUGCUGUGGGAGAUUUUCUCUCUUGGGUACAUGCCUUAUCCCUGCAAAACUAACCAGGAAGUGCUGGAGUUUGUAACUGGUGGAGGUCGCAUGGAUCCACCUAAGAGCUGCCCUGGGCCUGUUUAUCGGAUCAUGACACAGUGUUGGCAACACUGUCCAGAACACAGACCAAACUUCACUACUAUUUUAGAGAGGAUCAACUACUGUACACAGGAUCCUGAUGUCAUCAACACCCCUCUUCCAGUGGAGUGUGGUCCUCCUGUUGAAGAAGAAGGGGGCACUGUGAUCCGCCCUGACGGAUCAGGCAGCAUGACCCCUCUUCUAGUUGCCCGCUCUUUGUCCCAGGAUGCUUCCCCUCGAGCAAGCAUCACCAGUGUCACUCCACAGGCCCUCAAACCCCGUUUGCAGCUACAAAGACCAGUCCACCUCACACAAGAAGUGGGCACAUACCGAGAGACACUGGAGCCCUGUUGGGCAGAGCCUGUUCCUGCUUCAGGAGUCUGUCCAGGACCAUGGCUUCAAGUCCCAGAGCAUCGGCCAUGCUCCAGAAGUAGUUCAUCAUCGGGCAGCCAGAAGCUAAAGAACAAGACUAAAAACCUCUGGAACCCCACCUACGGUUCCUGGGUCCUAGAGAGCUUUGGACGUGGAAAGUCAGCUCUGUGCCACACUCAGUCUAUGCCUCUAUCCUGCAACCCCACGUCUGUUUCUGCCCCGUCCUCUACCUCGGAGCACACAGACCCUGUAGUAGAAGUUAAUGCAAAUGUUUCAGCUUCCCCACCUCCAUCUGCUGCACCGUCACAAACUACGUUGACUCCCACAGCGGCUCCCUCUAGGAAGAGUCCCACAGGGGCUGCUGGUGUCUCGCUGGCCACUGUUAUGGACUUAGCAAAGCUUCAGAGCUUUCCAUGUGGCAACGUAAACUAUGCGUAUGAUGAACAGAGCUACGAGACUGAGAGUUUGCCUGUGGUUGUGUCCAAAUCUCUGGAGCCCAGCACCAGCUCUGCAGCUACAUCUUCACUGGUUGCCCUCAGCCAACCCGGCAGCUUUACCCACAAACCAUUGGUGAAGCGUCAUGCCAGUUACGGACAUGAGGAUGUAAGGAGGUACACCCAGCCUGAGAAGCCCACCAGGGACAGGGAUUCUGGCUUUUCCUUGUCUGAAGACCUGAGUGUCACCCCUGUGUAGCAAUGAGGAAUGGUCCGACUUAGAAAAUGCCUAUUGUUUUUGGUGUUGAAUAGUUUUGAGGUGUUUUUUUAUGUGAACUGCAAUGGAUUAGCUGGAGCUGGGGCGUCAAAUCCUGAUCCAGCUCCAACACACUUGCCUGGAGUUUUCAAUAAUUAGUCUGAAGACCUUGAUUUGAAAACUUUGCUGGAUUAAACAGCUGGUUUGGACACCCCUGAGCUACAGACAGAGUGGCAGGUUAAGGCUGGAAUAUACUACACUAUAGUGGUCUUCAGUGAUUCGACCCAAGCGUGUUCCUUGGACAUGGGGCUUGGGUUACUGAAUCUAAAUGUGCUUUUUGCAAAUGGACCUGAUAACACCCAAAACGUUAAUGGGAUGACAUGAUUUUGCCCAUAAAAUUCCAGUGAACACCAAACCAUGUAACUUCACUUUCAAAAUCACACUGUACCAGGUCAUUCCAUACAUAAAUCCCCCAGACACAUGCACCCCAUUGAUAGAAGACAAAUGACAAAUGAAGUCAAGAGUCUGAUUAACACGUUUAUUGUUUUCUAACUGAGUGUAUCCAUAAUCUUAAGCUUUAAAGUCAUUGUAUUCAUUAGACAUUAAACACUACACAUUAAACACUACAAAAACUUUCAUGGAACGUUUUGGAUCUUGUGCAAAUCAGCAGACAUUUGGUAGCUAAUGUUGACUCAAGAGUAAAAUAUUGGUAUACAAAUCUGGUUAAAUAUUGUGUAAUAUAUUCCAGCCUUGAAGUACUGUCAGUUGAUAUCCAAGUGCGUGAAAUACCAAAACACCAAAGACAUGAGGAUACAUGAUUAAUUUGCCAUUAAGAGACACCUCUCCUGAAAAUGGUUGAUGGUUUCUAUGAAAACUUCCACUUGGCUUAUGGCAGCCCUUUUACACUGGAUUCACGUCUACUGUCAACACUGUGAAAACACAUGAUGUUCACUUAUUUACUACUAAGUCUUUUACUACUGAUUACUCAUCAUUAGAAAUGAACAUAGAUGUAGGUUUAGAUGUCCUUCGUCAAUUUACCUAUUCAGCAGGUUGCUGGCGUUUAUUACAAAAUGUUCAGACCUCACACAAACAGAAAAUUAUGUUUUAUAUAUAUAUACAAACACCACAUAAUGAUUAAUCUAUCAAAUCUAGUAAAACUCAAUUUAUUACAACAGAUUGUUCAACUUUUUUUAAAUUUAGUGAUUCGACAAAGCUAAAACAAAUUGAGAAGUUGGCCUUAAAAGGUCAGUUCACCUCAGAAUUAAGAUUCUGUCACUAUUUACCCACCCUCAAGGUGUUGCAAACCGGUAUGACUUAUAUUUUUAAACAGAAGUCAUUCUUCAGUGUAUUGUGUUGCCUGUCUUAAGACGAUUGCCAUGCUUACUAAGGGCGUUCACCAAGCUAUUGCAAAUAGCACAUAGCAAAGUCCACAACACAUACUGUACCAACUCAAUCACACACAAACAUAUUGGUUACGAAUUUUGUUCACCAGCUGAUGGAAAUAUUGACAGCCAAUCAGAAUCCAUCCUGCAAUAAUGAGAUUGAGUAUUUAAAUUGACAUGUACUGAAGCAUGUACCUAUAGUAAACAGAAUACUAUAAUAUAUAUGCUAACACUAGUAUAUAUAACAUUAUCAUUAUAUUGGUGAGAACACCUAACUCAUACAAAUUUAGACAGUUUGAAAGCAUUUUCAUUUAGUUUAAAAUGAACUGUCCCUUCAAACUUUUGGAGAAUUAUUAUACAGUAAUGAUUGCAGAAGUACGUUAACAAGGUGGAAGGCACCUUUAAUCUGAGUUCAGGUGAACUUUACAGGGUGUUUUGACUGAAAAUGAACAUUAAGGACCAUUUGUUUAGACUAGAUUAGGUGUUUUGCUCUGUUUUGUCUUGAAACACGAACACGUUGAUAAACAUUAAGUUGCCUUUUUACUAAAGGGGUGCAUUGUUUGUGAUACACUGAGGUAACUGCAAGGGCUUUACAAAGGUAUUGCCCUAGAAUAUGCUAGAAGUUAAUGAGGCGUGUGAUGCAGGGUGCAAUUGUUGUGGCUGCUGUGGAGAUUGCAUUGAUUUUCACAUCAAUACACUCCUCUCGGGAGCUGUUAAAAGACAUAAGCAUUUUUGGCAAUCUAUUUUUUUAGUACUUAAUGCAUAAAUAGAAGUGCUUUUGAUCUCCAAAUGUCCUUAUUCUACAUGUUUAGCGCCCCAGUGUUAACUGUGAUUUUGUUUCUGUGCAUUACAUUACAUGCAGAGAAGCUACAGCAAACACAAACCGCAUAACACCUCAGUGUGUGUAAUAUGAUGCAUGAGAAGUUUGAGUUUGAGACUACUCUUAGGUCUUAUUAAUUAUUCUAAAGUAUUUUGUUAGAUAUUGUUAGAUAUAGUAGGUUUUCAUGUGUCAAGAUUUAUUUGUGUGUGUUUUUAUUAUUUUAGUCAGGGACUGCUGAGAGGAUCCUUAUGCAAACGUACAGAAAAGGAGACAGAAGUGUAUUAGCACAAUAUUAACUUUAUUUUUGUCUUGUUGAAGUCAAAUAGUUUGACUGUCAUUUAUCAUAAAAGGGGAAGAAUGAUGUAUCUGUGCUUCUAGAGGAAUUACGGACUGACUUAAAGGAACACUCCGCUUUUAUUUUGAAAAUAGGCUUAUUUUAUACAUCCCUAGAGAUCAAGAGUUUUAUCAUUUUGAACCUAUUAAACCAAUGUCUAGGUAAAAUCGCAAGUUCAGCUGAGCAUAAAUCAUUGAAUCAGAUUAAACUAUUAGCAUCUCACUCAAAGCAUUCAAAAAAGAGUUUUGAUCAUUUUUUUAUUUAAAGCUUGACUCUUCUGUAGUUACAUUAGGUAUUAAUACCAGUGGAUAUGAUAUUACAUAACUAAGAAACAGUGCUGUGUAAUAUCCUUGCACCUGCUGCAGCCUUGGUACAGCAGCAAAGUUCUUUGAUCAUUACGCC